GCGUCAAAAAAACGUCAAUGUCAACUUGAAAACAUAACCUCAAAAUAAAAUAUUUCAAGUAUUUCUUGCUUUCUCCCAAGGAAUUUAUUCGAAAACUUUCUCUAUUCCGUUAAUUUUUAGCAGCACCGGCUCCAUAAUACUCGAGUACUGGUAUUUUUUUUAAUAAUUGAAGUGAUUUUACAGAUAUUUUAGGCGAAAAUGGAAGGUAUGCCGUCGGUCCCACUUCAUGAUGCCCUGAAGCCUUUAGGGUGGCUGGCCGGUAGAUGGACCACCAAGGAUGGGCAGGGGAGGUAUCCCAACAUCCCUGACUUCCAUUAUCAUGAGGAUCUGGAGUUCGCUUGCAUAGGUCAGCCAAUGUUCAACUUCGUCUCAACGUCCCGCAACCCUGAGAAGCAAACCCCAAUGCACCAAGAGCGUGGCUUCCUCCGCAUCAAGCCGGGCUCAAAUGAUCUAGCGUUCGUCGUCAGCCACAACUUCGGCCUCACUUCCCUCGAAGAAGGCCGUUUCGAUCCCGAAAACAAAACCAUUGUCUUAGAAACCGUUAAUGUUUCAAGAAUUUCAUUUGCAAAACCUCCCUACGUUAAGAAGUUUAAAAGGGUGAUUAAGCUGAUUGAUGAGAGUACGUUGGAAAUAAUUUUGCAUAUGGAGACGGACAGCACUCCUUUGACGGAACAUUUGAGGGCUGUUUAUCAAAAGGUCCAAAUGGUAGGAUAAGGGCACAGUGGUGCUCAUUCCAGUACACACCACCUAAAUUUAUUUUAAGUUAUACCUGUCAUUUUCUUAUUCGACAAGCAUAAAAUUUAUGGAACACACGUCAAUUUUAAAAAGCCCUGCUAAAAUUUUACAUUGGCCAAAUUACCCGACAUAAUUGAGGAGCUCGGUGGCGCAGCGGUAAACGCGCUCGGUCGGCGAUUGUUGAAGUUAGCAACUUUCGCAAUAGGAUGGGUUACCACAAAAAAAAGUUUUUAUCUCGAGCUCCUCCGUGCUUCGGAAGGCACGUUAAGCCGUUGGUUCCCAGCUGCAUUAGCAGUCGUUAAUAACCACCAAUCCGCACUUUACCCGCGUUGUGGUUUAAGGCCCGAUCUCCCUAUCCAUCCAUAGGGAAGGCCCGUGCCCCAGCAGUGGGGACGUUAAUGGGCUGGUGAUGAUGAAUUAAGAUAACACCACACGUCGAACGGGUUAUAUAUCAACGAGAUGUCUAUUUUAUUCGCCCGGGUUAUUCAUUAAUUCACUCAUGCAUUUUCAAAUUAACAGUUUUCAUUCAUCCGUCCCUUUCCUUUUCGUCGGAUAAGAAAAUGACGGGUAUAACUUAAAAUAAAAUUAGGAGGCGUCUGCAGGAGUCGGGGUGCAUAUACAUGCAGUGUGACAGCUAGGAGAAACCUAGAUUUUAAAAGAAGAAUUAAUAAAAGUAAUAGCUUAACAGCCUUACGUCGCUCACCGUGCGACGAAUAAAUCGAAUAAUACGUAUUCAAUUAUACUACCAACCUUUGUGAGAGAGUCCAACCAAAUAAUCAUCUUUUGGGUAUCUAGUUGACAUACUGUUUGUAUAAGAAGUUGUGAAUGAAGCAUUGAUAUUAUUUUAUUCCUAAAUAUGUUGUCUUUCAAGUAUUUUUUGUGCUUAUAAUGAGGAUGGUUCUUCGUUUUAAGGACAGUCGGGUCGUAUAAUCUCACGUGUUUGUGAAUAUGGUUUAUGAUAGCACCAAAGACUUAUUUAUGUUCCUAGAUUUAGGUCUCUUAAUUAAUAAAUACUAUUUCUAAAUA